GCAACCCCAACAUUCCACCCUCCUCUUCCCUCACCUAUUCUCUCGCUCUCUCUCAUUUUUCCACAUUAAGGGAAGGGAGAGCAUUAUUAUUGCAUCAUUGGAGAUCAUCGCUUGGAUUAUUGAGGUUUCUGAUAGUUUGUUAAGUGGGGUAUUAGAGAUCAUAUAAUAUUUAGAUAUUAUAAUGGCACCAGUUUCAUUGCCUCCUGGUUUUAGGUUCCACCCUACAGACGAAGAACUGGUUGCUUAUUACCUUAAAAGGAAGAUCAAUGGCCGUAAAAUUGAUCUCGAGAUCAUUCCUGAAGUUGAUCUAUACAAGUGCGAACCGUGGGACUUGCCAGGGAGGUCGUUGUUGCCGGGUAAGGAUUUGGAGUGGUACUUCUUUAGCCCUCGGGACAGGAAGUAUCCAAAUGGGUCAAGAACCAACAGAGCAACGAAAUGCGGGUACUGGAAGGCCACUGGAAAGGACAGGAAGGUAAAUUCGCAGAGCCGCGCCGUAGGGAUGAAGAAAACCCUUGUGUACUACCGAGGCAGGGCGCCUCACGGGUCUCGCACUGGUUGGGUCAUGCACGAGUACCGUCUUCAUGAGAGGGAAUGCGAAACCAAUGCUGCUUCUGGCUUGCAGGAUGCCUAUGCUCUUUGCCGUGUCUUCAAGAAGGCGGCGGUCAUACUCCCCAAAGUGGCAGAUCACUAUGCUGGUAACAAUAUCAUGAUGAUGACAACUGAUUCUCAAGGAACACCCCAAGUCUUUGACACCAUGCCUUGGGAUCAUCAUAUUGGGCAUAAUGGUAAAUGCCCACACUUAUCUCAGGAUCCAUUCCUCAAUAACCUUCCAUCUUCAUCAUCCUCCUCAUUUCCUCACUAUGGAGCCCUAACUUACUCUCCAUCUAAGGUGGAUGUAGCACUAGAGUGUGCAAGGAUGCAGCACAGUUUUUCCAUGCCUCCAUUGGAGGUAGUGGAGGAAUUCCCUAAUGUGGGAAUUUCAGAGCUCAACAUUAUGACACGUGGCACCACUUCAAUGUGUGGAGGAAGCAUGAACAAUAACAAUGAAUCGGAUAUCUUGCAACAGAUUCUUUCACUUGCUAAUGCUAAUGUUUCUUCCCAUGAAUUCACAAAUCAAUCAAACCAUUCACACACAUUAUUGGCUGGCAACAAUAAUGCAAAUUAUUCUGCUCCUCAUCAUCACGAACAUGAUUUUGCUUUUAAUGCUGGCACAAGUUACACUAAUCACGCCGUAAAUGAUAUGAACCCCAUGAGAUAUGAAAUCCAACAUCAAAACCUAAGAACAAUAGAGAUUGGAGAUCUUGAAAGCGAGUUCAAGAGCUUUAUGGAAGAGCAAAAGACGGUUCCGAUUGAGGAUAUAUCAAGCUUCCAAACAAACAUACAAGAAAAUGAGGUUCAAGAAUCUGAGCUACACAACAGCAACAAAGAAUUCAGUGAAGCUGACAUUGACAAUUUCUCAAUGGGGUUCAUCAACGAUGGUGACCCAAAUGAGAACUUCAUCGAUGAAGAUGACAACAUUGAUUAUUCAAAUUCCACAAGCUUUGAGGUCCUUGAAGAAACCAAGGUUAGCCAUGGAAUGUUUGUGGCGACUCGCCGAGUAGCCGACACAUUCUUUCAUCAGAUUGUUCCUUCACAAACCAUCAAAGUUCAACUGAAUCCAGUAACAAUAAUGGGCAACAAUUCUUCCAUGGAGAUGCUCAAGAAUAAUCAAGAGUCUUUGUUCAAGAAGCUGAUGAUGAUGAAGUCACCAAAUACAUUAGCAAGUGCUAUUGUAUUUAUCUUUGCACUAUUGUUGACGCUUUGUGUUAAUUUGAAGGGGCAAGUUGAAAAUUAUUGGGCAUCAAGAAGUGAUGAUGAUACGAUUAAUGUGAAGAAGAAAUGUUGCUAUGGUGCUAAUAGAAGCAUGAAGAGAAUGAAACAAGUAGCUCACAAGAUCAUAUGGAACCAGCAAGAAAAAUCUUGGUGUGUUGGAAUUAAAAGUGGGAGAGGAUUUAGUGUGGUGUUGAAGAAAAUUGGUAUUUUCCUCUCCAUAUCUUUGGCUCUUUGUACCAUGUGGGUUAACCAUGUUACAAUUAGUCCUUAAUUGACCUAGUAAUUUUAUUUUCUUUUAGCUUCUAACUUAAUUAAGGAUUUCAUUAUUUAGAAGGAUACUUGUAUUUUCUUCUCACAACAAUUCUUGUA